AGCAAUUCCACGUGGACAUACAGGGGCCGUGUCCAAGUGCCACUAUGGCAACCGCUGUUUUAUGAAUAUGAUGGAUGAUGAUACUUGCUAUGGUUUACAUGUUGCCAUGAACGACAACAAUGAUAUUCACUCGACGCAUAUCACUUCGGAAGACCCCGGCUCGUACCCCUCAGCUCAACGGCAAAGUUGA